AUGCCACACUACUACACCUCGCAAUUGCAAUCCCAAUCACACUACACGCGCACAAGCAAAAGCCCCUCACGUUCACCUUUCUUGGUCCCGACGGCUCGCUACCGCCCACGUUUAUAUCAAACACCUCCUUCAGACCCCAUACUAAUAUGCUCUUCUUCCACUGUCUCUCAAUUCUUUUCUCUCUUUCACAAUCUCAUCAUAAACAUGCUUACGAGUGACCAAAUGUUUCUGCACUGCCCUCCUAGGCCCUUGCCCAUGGAGAGAAAAUGGAAAUCCCAUGUCGAAUUUGCUCCUAAUUGCCCUCGUUGUGCCUCUUCCAACACCAAAUUCUGUUAUUACAAUAACUAUAGCUUCUCUCAGCCUAGGUACUUUUGUAAAGGUUGUCGAAGGUAUUGGACUAAAGGUGGCUCUCUAAGGAAUGUUCCUGUUGGUGGUGGUUGUCGUAAAACUCGCAGAGCGAAGUCCCUUAGGAUCUCGCAGGAUGGUCGUAAUGCUUUUGCAAAGAAUUUCAGUGGUUUUGGUGGUAGGAGUAAUGAGUCUAGUGGAGAUUCAUUGGCUCAAGAAACUGCAACUAAUGAUGGAUCGUCAUCUGAGAUUGAUAUUGCGGUUGUUUUCGCUAAGUUCUUGAACCAAGACUCGAGUUUUCAGCCUGAAUUUAUGGCCAUGAGUCAAGAAUUGCCUAAUGAGGCCUUUACUGUGCCAGCAAAUUCUUUAACACCUGACAGCGCUGUGAUUGAGUGCGACGACAAGCUCACGGAUCUGAUCCAAGAAUCUGAUUUAUUACUUGAAGGGUUACCUCCGGUGAUUGUAGGAGAUCACGAGCUACAAGAAAAUCAAGAAAGAAUUCAGGAGCUCAUAGAAAGUCAAAACAUGGAUGCAUUAGGAUUACAAAUUUUGCUGGGAGAUGAAAUGGUGCAAGAUGCUUAUCUGUGGUCUGAAUCUGCUGCAACCUUGUCAAAUGUUACAUGGGAAACUGUAGUACAUCAACCGGAACAAGAAUUUAUUAGUCCAUUCUCCAUGGAUGAUCAGCUAAAGAUUUCUGCCAAUCUUAUGAUCGAUAAUGCUUGGAGUUCUUUGGAUCUCCCGGGGUUUGAGGUUUUUUCAAGACCUUGACGUAUAGUAAAAAUUUGCAUGAUUUUUAUUUUAUAUAUAUAUAUAUAUCUUAUUUUGUUCUUCUGGGAAAGAAUUGAGCUUUUUUUUUUUCAUAUAUAAAACAUAUAGUGCAAUAAAUGAUGUAUGCUAGAGAAAUAAGCAUGAUUACCAAGCAUCUUACGCCACUACAACUGCAGUUGU